UAGAGAGAACAACUAGGUGAGACCAGUAGGACUUAGUGUCACUAGGAUGUUUAGCAUUGUUGUGCAGACAUGAAAGUAAAAUUCAGAUCUCUUCCUUCAGACACCUUCCCAGUUCACUUGUCCCAGGGCUUCCCAGUUCUCUUCUACUAUAAAUGGUGGUGGAGAAGAAGAGCAGCCCAACUGUCCCUAAGACGAGAGGCAGGUAUCUGUGUUGGAGCCAAAACAGCAACCACAGUGUUUGCAAAUGAAAGUUGGCAUUGCCUCUUGGCAUGCAAGCCUGUGCUUCCCAGCCACUUAUCAGGGUCAAAUUGAUUUAAAAUAUCCUUGGGAGGAACCUAGCAUAACCUUGCCAGGCCAUAGUUACUCAGCCAACUAUUUACAUGGUCAUAAUAGGGAGGUUUGGGAGCCCAAACACAUCCCACUUUUCCAUUUCUUGGCCUCAGAGGCAAACAUCAGACUUUAUCUACAGGGAUAGGCCAUUCAACCAACGCAGUCAGAACUCUUCUAAAAUCAUCUGGCUAAGUACCUACCUGUCACCAAGGUGCUGCUGUUUGGCUCUGUCAUGGUGACAAAGGGAAACAAAUCUUUGCCAAACUCCAGAUGUAAAUGGUUGUCUCUACACAUUCACCAAUGAAAGACCCGGAUGCAGAGCCUACAGCCUGACCCAGCUGCCCGCUAUCGAAAUGUGUUGGAGGCACUCUGGAGGAUUAUAAGAACGGAGGGCCUGUGGAGACCCAUGCGGGGGCUAAACGUCACAGCAACAGGCGCAGGGCCUGCGCAUGCCCUCUAUUUUGCCUGCUACGAAAAGUUAAAAAAGACAUUGAGUGAUAUAAUCCACCCUGGGGGCAAUAGCCAUAUUGCCAAUGGUGCGGCCGGGUGUGUAGCAACAUUGCUGCAUGACGCAGCCAUGAAUCCAGCAGAAGUGGUCAAGCAGAGGAUGCAGAUGUACAACUCCCCAUACCACCGGGUGACGGACUGUGUACGGGCAGUGUGGCAAAAUGAAGGGGCCAGCGCCUUUUAUCGUAGCUACACCACCCAGCUAACCAUGAAUGUUCCCUUCCAAGCCAUUCACUUCAUGACCUAUGAAUUCCUGCAGGAGCACUUUAACCCCCAGAGACGGUACAACCCCAGCUCCCAUGUUCUCUCUGGAGCCUGUGCAGGAGCUGUAGCUGCCGCUGCCACAACCCCACUGGACGUUUGCAAAACACUGCUCAACACCCAGGAAUCCCUGGCUUUGAACUCAAACAUCACAGGACAUAUCACAGGCAUGGCUAGUGCCUUCAGGACGGUAUAUCGAGUAGGUGGUGUGACUGCCUACUUCCGAGGGGUACAGGCCAGAGUAAUUUACCAGAUCCCCUCCACAGCCAUUGCAUGGUCUGUGUAUGAGUUCUUCAAAUACCUAAUCACCAAACGGCAAGAAGAGUGGAGGGCAGGCAAGUGAAGUGAAGUAGCACACGACACAGCCAGGGGGUCAGCACUGCUGCGUCCUGCCUGCUCCAGCCACGUUCCGUCUCCUGGCAUGCCCCAUCCAGCCUUGAGUGGAGGUGGACGGCAGGUGGAGGCUGGUUUCGGUCAACACCAGCUCCUGCGAGCCUCCGUUGCCGCCACCUUUCCUUCCAGGCCCUACGCAAGUGCAGCAAAGCACACCACAGCACCUUUGCUAACCUCUCUCCAUCCUGGGCCUGAUGACCUGCUCUAGACUGUUAUAGAGGGACAAGCAGCUCGUUCCCCUGGUUCCUAAUAAAAAGCCUUUAAAUUAAA